CGCCACGGCCGCAGUUCCAACUACCACAACUGGGGGCGCCCUUUCCCUCCACAGUCUGCGUGGAGCCGCAGAUCCAGCUCCAACAGUCUCGGUCGGAGGAGCUACAGGUUUGGUGGAGCUCCUCUGGUCGGAGGCAGCCUCCGUCUGCACAGCACCCGCUCCCCCCACUCCUACACCUAUGCCGCCGAGCAGGAGUCCCUGCUCUCCCACCCACCCCACUCCCAUCAUCCUCUCCUGCCGCAUCACCCGCCUCCGCUGUUCCUCUCCAGACACUUUUCUGCAAAGAGGGAUCGACGGGCUCUCUCCCUGGAGCUGCCUGACGCUCUUCUGGCGGGCGGACAGCCCCCGUGCCUGCCCCCUGUCCACGUAGACCCCGGGAGGAGGAGUGGGUCCGGGGCAGGGGGUUCCAUCGCAGGAGGGUCCGGAGCCGGUAGUGGUUUUGGAACGGACCACCGAGACUGUAACGGAAAGACUCCGGGUCCCCACGCCCAUCUGAUGACUGAGGUUUACCCUCAAGUCAACGCACGAAAAGACAGAACAGAUCUGGAUGAAGAGACGGACUAUAGUCUUUGCUUCCGUGUCCAGAAGAUGAUGGAGGUCUAUAAGCCCGACUGGUGUGAAACCAGAGAGGAGUGGUCCGUCUACAUGUUCUCCCCCCACAACAAGUUCAGGCUGCUCUGUCAGUCCAUCAUCGCUCACAAGCUCUUCGACUACGUGGUCCUGGCGUUCAUCUUUCUCAACUGCAUCACAGUGGCUCUGGAGAGGCCGAGGAUUCUGCAGGGCAGCCUGGAAAGACUGUUUCUCACCAUCUCCAACUACAUCUUCACUGCCAUAUUUGUCACCGAGAUGACUGUCAAGGUGGUGUCCAUGGGUCUGUACCUGGGGGAGUCGGCCUAUCUCAGGAGCAGCUGGAACAUUCUUGACGGUUUCCUGGUCUUCGUCUCUUUGAUUGACAUCGUGGUGUCCAUGGCGGGUGGCGCCAAGAUUCUCGGCGUGCUGCGCGUCCUCAGGCUGCUCAGGACACUGCGUCCCCUCAGGGUGAUCAGCCGGGCCCCAGGCCUGAAGCUGGUCGUUGAGACCCUCAUCACGUCCCUCAAACCCAUCGGCAACAUCGUCCUCAUCUGCUGCGCCUUCUUCAUCAUCUUCGGCAUCCUCGGCGUUCAGCUCUUCAAAGGGAAGUUCUACUACUGCGUGGGUUUCGACGUGAAGAACAUCACUAACAAAUCCGACUGUCUGGCUUCCAACUAUCGAUGGAUCCACCACAAAUACAACUUUGACAACCUCGGACAGGCUCUGAUGUCCCUCUUUGUGCUGGCCUCCAAAGACGGGUGGGUUAACAUCAUGUACCACGGCCUGGACGCGGUGGGAAUCGACCAGCAG